AGGGCAGUCCUCGGCUUCCGCGGCGGGCUGGGUGGCGAGCUUCAUCCUCCGGGAUUAGCUGGCACUAUGAGUUCCUUCCAGGGACAGAUGGCUGAGUAUCCAAACAUCUCCAUAGAUCGCUUCGACAGAGAGAAUCUGAAGGCCCGCGCCUACUUCCUGUCCCACUGUCACAAGGAUCACAUGAAAGGAUUAAGAGCCCCAGCCAUGAAAAGAAGGUUAGAGUGCAGCUUGAAGGUUUACUUAUACUGUUCACCUGUUACUAAAGAGUUGUUGUUAACUAGCCCGAAGUACAGAUUUUGGGAGAAAAGAAUUAUAUCAAUUGAAAUUGAAACUCCUACCCAGAUAUCUUUAGUUGAUGAAGCAUCAGGCGAGAAGGAAGAGAUUGUUGUGACUCUCUUACCAGCUGGUCAUUGCCCAGGAUCAGUUAUGUUUUUAUUUCAGGGUGAUAAUGGAACUGUCUUGUACACAGGAGACUUCAGACUGGCCAAAGGAGAAGCUGCUAGAAUGGAGCUUCUGCACUAUGGGGGCAGAGUGAAAGACAUCCAAAGUGUGUACUUAGAUACUACCUUCUGCGAUCCAAAAUUCUAUCAAAUUCCUAGUCGGGGAGAGUGUCUGAGUGGAAUAGUGGAGCUGGUUCGGAGCUGGAUCACUCGGAGUCCGUACCAUGUUGUGUGGCUGAACUGCAAAGCAGCUUACGGGUAUGAGUAUCUGUUCACCAACCUUAGUGAAGAAUUUGGACUCCAGGUUCAUGUGGAUAAGCUAGACAUGUUUCGAAACAUGCCCGACAUUCUUCACCAUCUCACCACAGACCGCAACACUCAGAUCCAUGCGUGUCGUCAUCCAAAGGCAGAGGAGUAUUUUCAGUGGAAUAAGUUACCCUGUGGAAUUACUUCCAGAAACAGGAUUCCACUCCACACAAUCAGCAUUAAGCCAUCCACAAUGUGGUUUGGAGAAAGAACCAGAAAAACAAAUGUAAUUGUGAGGACUGGAGAGAGUUCAUACAGAGCUUGUUUUUCUUUUCACUCCUCCUACAGUGAGAUUAAAGAUUUCUUGAGCUACAUCUGUCCUGUGAAUGCAUAUCCAAAUGUCAUUCCAUUGGGCACAACUAUGGAUAAAGUUUUAGAAAUCUUAGAGCCUUUAUGCCGUUCUUCCCAGAGCAGUGAGCCAAAGUAUAAACCGCUUGGAAAACUGAAGAGAGCUAGAACAACUCACCUCGACUCUGAGGAGGAGAAGGAGGAGGAAGAUGACCUCUUUGAUGAUCCUCUGCCAGUACCUUUAAGGCACAAAGUUCCAAACCAGCGAACUCUUCGCCCUAAGGUAUUUCCAAUGACUGCAGUAUCAGAAAACCAGCCUGAAAAACUAAGACAACGCACAGGAUGCAUCAAAGCAGAAAGCACGCGAACUUCUCUUUGGACAAACUUUAUAGAUUGUGAAGAAUCCAACAGUGAAAGUGAAGAAGAAUCACAAAUCCCAGCAUCAUCUCAAGGAGAUCUGUGUCCUGUUACACAUCAACAAAAAGUAGAUGCGGAAGUUCCACAGUGGGAAGUAUUCUUUAAAAGAAAUGAUGAGAUGACAGAUGAUGGUUCAGAAAACUUCCUUUCCUCCACAGAGGGAGGGGGCUCUCAGUCACCAAAGCUUUUCAGUGACUCUGAUGGGGAGUCAACUCACAUCUCCUCUCAGAAUUCCUCUCAGUCCACACACAUCUCAGAACAAGGAAGUCAAGGCUGGGACACCCAAUCUGACACUGUCUUGUUAUCUUCCCAAGAGAGGAACAGCGGCGAUAUUACUUCCUUGAACAAAGGUGGCUAUAAACCAAGAAUCAAAGAGAAUCUUCCUGCCUCUCAGGAGGAACAAAAUGUACUUUGCCUAAAGGACUCUUACUCUGAUGAUGUAACUAUAGUUCCUAGCGUUGGAGAAACAGCUACUGGGAGCAGUGGGAAACAUAUGCCUCAGGAAAGGUUGCUAACUCUUAGCACCAAUGCAGACUCACAGAGCUCCUCUGAUUUUGAAAUUCCCUCAACUCCAGAAGCUGAGCUACCUAAACAAGAGCAUUUACAGUGUUUGUAUCAGAAGCUGGCAACAGGUGAGAGUAUAGUACUUGAAAAGAGAAAAACUCACUCUUAGAUACUUAAGAAUUUAUUCUAGAUCCGCCACUAGAAAAACCUAUACAAAGAGGUAAGUUGGAAUUUUUAAUAGAUAAAUUAAAAUGCUCAUAUAACCUAAAAGAAAGAAGGGGAAACAGGAACAAAAAAUAAGAGGGGGGAAAAAAAAAGAAAACAAGAUAUGGUAGGACUAAAUCCAAACAGAUCAAUAAUUACAUUAAAUGAAAAUGGUCUAAAUACACCAAUGAAGGUAGUCUGGAAAAAUACAACAUAAUCCAACUAUAUGCUGUCUAUAAACAACUCACUUUACAUGAUACAGGUUGGUUAAAAGGAUGGAAAAUAUAACAGUUGGAGUGGCUUUAAAAGGUGUAGUUCACCAAGAAGAUAUAAUUUUAAAUGUGUAUGUACCUAACAACAGCUUCAAAAUAUACAGGCACACCUCAGAGAUAUUGCAGGUUGGGUUCCAGACCACUGCAACAAAGCAAAAACCGCAAUAAAGCAGGUCACAGUAUACUGGGAAAUCAAAAGUUAUGUUUACACUAUACUGCAGUCUAUUAAGUGUGCACAGCAGUAUGUCUAAAAAACCCUGCCUGCCUUAAUUUAAAAACACUUUGCUAAAAAGUGCUAACCAUCAUCUCAGCCUUCAGCAAGUUGUAACCCUUUGCCGGUGGAGGGUCUUGCCUUGAUGUUGAUGACGAUGCACUAUCUGUGAAGCACAAUAAAACAAGGUAUGCCUGUGCAAAGGGCAAACAACUAAAAGGAGAAACUAAUGCAUGAUUAUAGUUGGUACUUUAACAUUCCCCUUACAGUAACAAUUAUUUGACAGGAAAUCAGCAAGGACCCAUCUCCCAAAUGGAUCUAAUUAACACUCCAUCCAACAAAAACAGCAGCAGUAGAAUACCUGCUUUUCAAGAGCACGUGGGACAUUCACCAAGAUAGAUCACAUCCUAGGUCAUAAAAGUACUUCAGAUUGAAAGAAUAAAAACUUGGACCUAAUACUAUAAACAGAUGGCUAUGGGACAAACCCGUCCCCUACUUACCUCAAGA